AACCCACAGAAGAAGAAGAAGGAAUUGUAGAUAUUGAAAGAGGACGAGAGAUGCAGGUGCGCGAUUAAAUAAGCACAGCCUCGUGAGCGUCAUAGGCGCGCGACAACAGGUGGUUUUGAUUCGGCGGGUGUGGGCCAAUUGUGUAAGAACUCCACUCACCUUCUCUUGGUUUAUGAAUGGUUUAAUCAACAGAGAUUGCAAUUAGGCUAUUUUAGCUUUCAACACAACAGGAAAAAUGGAUCUCUCAAAGAAUUCCGUUGCAAACAGGAGAAACAGAAAUGCGACCAAAGGGAACAAGGCUACUCUCAAGUCGAACGUUUCACCGGCGAUCAGGAGACUCAUUCAAGAGACCUCAAAUCAUAUUCCAUUGGGACGACAACUUCAAAGGACGCCGCCAACGUCAGAGUUGAAAAUAACUUUGCCUUUCGGCUCUGAAACACAAAUGAUUGAAACCACCCCUGGGCGAGAACCCUUGUCUCCUGCGCUAAAUAUGACCAUGGACCUUUACACAAUCGAGCGUGCAGAAACGGAAACAUACCGACGGUCUCGCAUCACUUCAAACACAAUCUGUUCAGGCAGUGUGCUGGAAGAGGACCCCUACUCAUUGAUAAGAGGCAUGCAGGGCUAUGAGGUUACCCCGGCAGACCUGGCAUUCCUCAAGCGAGCUAAGCAGGAGAGGCAGAUCAACACCUUACAGAUUGAAACCACCCCUGGGCGAGAACCCUUGUCUCCUGCGCUAAAUAUGACCAUGGACCUUUACACAAUCGAGCGUGCAGAAACGGAAACAUGCCGACGGUCUCGCAUCACUUCAAACACAAUCUGUUCAGGCAGUGUGCUGGAAGAGGACCCCUACUCAUUGAUAAGAGGCAUGCAGGGCUAUGAGGUUACCCCGGCAGACCUGGCAUUCCUCAAGCGAGCUAAGCAGGAGAGGCAGAUCAACACCUUACAGAGAGAGCUGGAUAAGUUACUGAGGCAGCGACGGAACCAGAUGCUGGCCAGGGAUCUGUCCUUGGCCUCCAGAGAGAAGAUCCUAGCUGACCUUGACGAGAUCCUGUCCUGUGAGCAGACUGUUCAUAUGGGGCGAGUGUUCCUCUCCAGGAGGCUGAGCUCACCUGAGGUAGAGGCCCUGGACUCCAAGUCCCUCCUGGCCCAGAUAAAGACUGCUGAUGUCCAGCAAGCUGUAGAGGAGGAACAAGCUGAGAUCAGUGAGCUAGAGGACAGAGUGGCCAGAGGCCUGGAGCUCAGAGAGAAAGAGGAGAAAAGACAACAGGAGAUUGAGAAUCAGAACAAAGAAAUCUUCAAGAAGAAGGCGAACAUCAAGCAUCUGAUGAAGGAACUAUCAGAGCUCAAAUCCCAACUGGCUGGAGCAGAGGAGUCUUUGCUAGCCAUUCAAGGCAAGAUGGAAACUUUGAAAGACACAGAAAAAGAGGAAGACGCGGGUCCCCAGGAGGCAUUGCAAGUCGCCCCAAGCCAAGCAAAGGCUCCCAAGGCAAAAAGGAAUGGUGGGGAAACAAUUCCCCAACAGGCUUCUCAUGUCCGAAUGAAAGCUGAAAAUACACCUACCACGGUUGGAGAGUCACAUAUGGCCUGUGGUCUCAGACGAUCAAAGAGGAUAGCGACUAAGAGGAGCUGUGUUGAGAGUAAGCCUGUUUUGAGGAAAACUCACCCUGUCAAAGCAAGCAUUUCACAUGGAGAAAACUGAAACUUUGGAGGUUUAAGGAGUUUGUUUUACUGCUUGUUUGGUACUGUAGUUAGGUUUCCAUCCAAUUGGCGACACAUUUUCUUGCAAAUGUUCUAAAGUCCACACAGAAACAAUAUAUGUAUUUUCCCACCGGACGUGUUUCCAUCAAACUGACUUUUUAGAGGAUAACAUGUUGUGCGUGAUGACAGUGCACAUAAAAACACUUUUACGCUUAAGUUUUUAUGGACAGAAUAAAAGAACAGAAGUUGAAUGUGUUUCCAUAGCAUUUUCAACUCUAUGGAUGGUUUUGUCACACAAACUGCAAUAAAUAGCAUACUUGCCCCA